AAGUUCGUUUUAAUUAUCCCACCACAUACCCGAAGGUACGUGUCCACAUUCCCACUAGUACAUUGCAAAGAUUUCCUAUGACCGGACCACUGAAUCCGGCCAAUCCUCAGAAUCCUCUUGACAAUCGCCAGCACAAGCAAUGACCCGAUCAUGGCACCAAACAGUGAAUCUGUACUACAGAUCAAAGCUGUACCAAAACGAACUGAAGAGAAGAGAAAAAAGAAAGGCGAAACUGCUCGCUUUAUAUAGACGUUUUUUGACUGUCACGCUCGGGACUUCAAAAAGUUCCACCAAGUUCCAUGGAUUUCAUUGGCUCUUGCGUAAUAGUAUAACUUUUAGCAUAUGGCUCAAAGGGACUAUCACAAAAGGAAAGGAAAGGGGGUGUGCUUGGUGGUCAUCUAAACAAAUGUGUUGCGGCGGUAGUGGUACGUGUCUCUCACCAUGGGCAGCUGUACCUCCGACGAUGUCGCCGUUUGGUUGUGAGAGGUCCGUGCACGGCACCGUGUCAAGCGAAAACAAAGACACGAAUGCGAAUGAGCAAGUCGAUUCACGGAAGAAGUGCUUUUCCGUGAGCAGUAAAUGCCGGAAUUAGACGUGACUGACAAGGUAGACAAUUCACCAUCAGUGAACAUUCAAAACACCAUCCACCAAGCAGCCAGUUUACAGUCCUUCACCCAACAAGACAAACAGCGUGUGUAUAUAGCGUAGUUCACAGACAAAUCCACAGUACUUUAAUAUUGUCUUUUGACUGUGUGUGUGGUACGUAAUGUUAUG